AUGUUCGACCUACCUGCUAUGCUGCUCUGCUCGUUAGCAUCAUUUCUCUUUCCGAUAUUCGCUUCCUACAAGGCGCUUAAAACGUCCGAUCCGGCGCAGUUAACACCAUGGCUUAUGUACUGGGUUGUGCUUAGCAUCGGUCUCCUGGCCGAGUCUUGGGUCGCGUUUAUUGUCACCUGGAUACCCUUCUAUGGAUAUUUUCGUCUGCUGUUGAUUCUCUACCUUGUCUUACCACAGACCCAAGGCGCACGUGUUCUAUACGAGCAGUACGUUCACCCAUUUCUCCAGGACAACGAGUCGCAGAUCGACGAGUUUAUUGCCAGCUCCCACGAGCGCCUCAAAUCAUCGGGGCUCACGUACCUUCGACAAGCCAUCAACUAUAUUAAAGAGAACUUGCUUGGCUUGCCCCCAGCUGAGCCUCCUGCGCCUGUCCCCGAAAAUAUCGGCGCGCAAGGCUAUACGCAGGCUCUGCUCUCGAGGUUUAGCAUCCCUUCCGCAAAAUGGGCCGCUCCAGGUGCCCAGGGAGCCAGUGACUUUUAUAGUCUCUUGUCCAACGCAGUUGCGGCCGCCAGCGGCGCCGGUGCUUCUAGAAGUGCUCCGGGCUCGAGCGGCGUGGCUUCGUCUGGCAACCUUAUUCCAGAGCACCUGCGAGAUUCCAGCGAGAAGAUGAGCUUCAUAUCCACACAGAAAGAACGCCUUACCUAUAUGCUGGCUGCUCUCGACCGCGAGGCGCAACAACUCCAGAAUGAAACGCCAAAGCAGGCCACGCCAGGUACCUUUGACGGAGCAGCUGAACCGGAAGCACCACCCCAAUCACCCAGCGGGCUUAGCAUGCUGAGCGCUCUUAGUAAGAGCCGAAGCGAGGCUGAUUUUGAAAAUAUUGACGCCGACAGCGGCGCCGAGGAGGACCUCACAAUGCGCAGGCGCAAUGUGACGGGAGGCGGCUCUUGGAUGCCAUGGGGAUGGGGCGGCGCUGGCGCACACAACGACGAUCCUGGCUCAACCACUGGACGGGAGCAUUAG